UGGACUUCUGCGGUUCUCAAACUUCGACUGUAAAUAAGUACAACUUAUUUGAACAAUUGUGAACUUAAACGUAACUAAAACAGAACCUGACGUUAUAUGACUUGUGAUUGGUUACAGGCAGUGCUUAUUAUGUCGGUAUCAGUUAGUUAAAUGUUUGCAGAAAAACUCAAAACAAGGUCGGAAGUUUGUAGCUAGCCACCGCAGCUAACUGGCUAGCUUGGUUUAAAUCAGCCAGGCUGGCUUUUUGAGCUCCGAGUGUCCAUUCUCUGCUCCUACCAACUCGGAACAAUGGCGAACCCGGCAUCGUCGCAGAAGAAUAAGGGAAGAUAUCUCUGGUUAGCUCUUCUCGGGCUGGGAUUUGAACCAGAAACAGCUAUAUCGUCGCUCGUCGGCAGAACCAACACAAAAUAUAUCAACCUGGGACCGAAUAUGUUUGAUAAACCUAACAAGAAUGCCUUCUACAUUGUAACUCAUUUUCUUCUGGAGAAACUCAACGCAACACGAUUUUAUGAAGCCUUCAGACAUUGCUGGCCUGUUUCGACUCCCAAAGAAGAUGCUGAGUUUCGAAAAGCUGCCUGCCCUUGGCUGCGAGAAAUAAUGGAUGAAACUGCAAAUGCAGGAUCCAAGGUGGUAGCAUCCUUGUUCCUCUCACCUGGAGGCCACAAGUUUAUCAGCUUGAUGCUUCAUUUGGCCAGUCACGUCAUGCUGCAGGACAUGAAGGAAUUCAACACGGAUGACAGCUGGUUUCCUGAAGCUGCAGCAAUGCCGGCUUCCUCUUUGGACAUGGCAGUCAGAAGACUGGGCCUGAUCAAUACAAGGUUUUUGAAAGCUGGAGUAGAGCAGGAUCGUUUUCUCCAGGAGUACCAGAGACGAGCCCAGGCCCUGGUGAAGUCUAUGAAAGACAGCAGAGCAGACAGUACCAAGUAUGAUGAGCUACUCAAGCGUCACAGUAGUGAUUCUGCCAAGGAGGGAGCUUCUCCAGCAGAGAAGACCAAAAAGGUCCGCUCAUUGUGGUCGACCAUUGAUGGAAUGCUGUCCUCUAUCAAAGAGGAGCAGCAUGCAGUGGAAAGUGUUCUGAAAGGAGACGUGGACCAGAACACUCUUGAUGGGACAGACCAGGUCCUGAAAGUUCCCCGGUGCCUGCUGGAGAGAAUUGAAAAGCUCCCACAUCAGUUGAGUUCAGGGAAUGUGUAUGAAGCCGGUCAGCUGAACCUCCUGUGUGUCUUCGAGCUGGUGAAUCACGCGCUGCAGCUCCUGAGGGAGGAGCGCUGUCGAGUCUCAGACGCCCCCAAGCCUGAGCUCAGUGCUCAGCACCUGCAGGACAAAUGUCAGCAGAUGGCCCGCGUGCUGCAGGACCUUAACCUCAUCAGACAGAAGAUUUCCAAGGAAGAAAUUCCUGAGGUCAACCAUGGCAUAAGAGAGUUGGAAGCAGAGUGGGACAGGAAGUGGAUGGAUACACUCAACGGCACACCCCUAGUCUCUUUCUUGAAUGACGAUCCUGCUCUUGCCUUCCUCUCACCAAUGGUUCGACUGUCAUUUGAACCAGCAGAUGAAACUAGUUAUGGCAGUAGUGUCUUCUCUCACUACCCUGCUAAACUUCUUGAGAAGCCUGCAGAGAAUAAACCAAAGGAAGGCAUCGAUUCUAGACAUUCAAACCUCAAAAGCCCUUGCCCUAAAACAACUGAACGGAUUGAACAUCCCGUUGUCACCACUGAGUCAUCGGCACCAUCACAAGCAAAUCCCCCUGUUGAUUGGCUUUUAGAUGCACCUCCAUCCCCUCCUCUGAGGACUCUACCAGUACCACCUCAGGCCAGCGUGAGGAAGACAGCCCGUGUUAACCCGAAAGGGACUCCCACAAGGACCAAGAGUCAGAUAUUGGAUAAGGAAUGUGAUAAACCUACUGAUCAGGCCAGAGUGAGGAAGACGGCCCAUGUAUACCCGAAGGUGACUCCCGUGAGGACCAAGACACAAAUAUUUGACAUGGAAUGUGAUAACCUCGCUGAUCAGUUUGCAGAUGCUGUAACUGCAACCGCUCACAUAGAAGGUAGGGUCAAAGGUUUGGACCUGGAGGGUCUUCUGAACACUCUACAAGGAGAUCCUUUCUCUACUAAGAAGCAGCUGACUCGUACACCUGAGAGUUUGAUUCUGGAUGUGAAGAGCUCAUGGCGAAAGGCAUUGGAGGAAGACAAAGCUGAAAAAAUCCUGCGCUCAGCCAAGUUGAAUGACAGCAUUACAGGACGGGUCACUCCCCUCCAAGAGAUUCAUAAUGUGUGGCAGAGUCCUGCUGCUGCCCCCCAGAGCGUCUCCUGCAAUCUCACCCCAACUGUCAUGAGCCACAGCAGCCCCUCUUUCAGCCAGCAGGGGGUCUUACUCAAGUCCACUCGGUUGUGGGACACUUUCAACAAGGAGACCCUAGACAGCCCGCAUGGCACGGGCAGCAGAGUCACCCAGUUCAGUCUGGAUAAUGAAACUCUUCCUGAACUGCCAAGCUGCGACAGUUUCGAUCUGAGCCUUGAUGACGAAGCUGCGGAUAUGAAUAGCGAGGAGGAUGACGACGACGACCUUCUCAUCCCCUCCUUGAAGACUGAGCAUGUCAGAUGUCAUCAACUGGGACAGAUCCAGCAGGGGUGCAAUGUUGGCUCCUUCGUGGAAAACGUGAAGAGGACACCUGUGUGCCUUUUGUCAGAUCACAAUGCUCCCAGUUUGGACAUAGACUCUCUAGAGUCUGCGAAGUCAGUAGAAGCCACCAGCAAUGUCUUCUCACUGGAUCUAGACACACUAGAGACCCCGAAGAAGCAGGAAUACAGCCUCCCCAAACUGAUCACAUUCUCCCCAAUAGAUGACAUGAAGUGCUAGGUGCAUGCAAUUUAAAAAAACAUUAAAUAUUAAUAUUAAGACAUGAACUUAUUUAAUAAAAAUGUAAAAUAUG